GAACAAGUGAAUGAUUUAGAAAAUCAGAACGAUGAACUGGUUGAAAAAGAAUGUGAAGAUCCAGAAAAUGAAGAAGAGCAUGAAGGUUCACAACAAGAAAAUGAAGCAGUUCGGAAUGUACGUAAAAGAGUGAGAGGACCAACGCGUAUGCCAAAGGUUUGGGCCCAAGAAAAAGGGGAUAUAAUUCCUAUUUUAGUUAAUGAACACGGACAACCUAUUAAUGACAAAAGUAGUCAACUGACCCAUUUCAUGGGAACCCUUUCAAGGAGUGGAAAGUAUUUUCCGAUUUAUAAACCAUGGAAUAAAGUUAAGACCGCCAAAAAAGAAGCGUUGCUUGCACUCUUAAAGACAAAAUUUGAUAUUCCUGAAGCUGCUAAAGGCUGGAUAUUGCAAUCAUUUGGGCGGAAGGUGAAGAACUGGAGGGCAAGAGUUAAGGAACUAUACCAUGAUCCGUCUUUGUCACUGAAGGAACAAAUAAGUUCUAGGCCAAAACAAGUGCAAAAAAAACAAUGGAAGAAACUUGUGAAGUAUUGGAAUAAAGAAAAGUCUAAGCUCGUAAGUGAAAAAAACAAGGCGAAUCGGUCAAAGAAGAAGAUGGUUCAAGUAACGGGUAAAAAAAGUUAUGCUCGAGUCCGCGAAGAGCUAAAGGUGAUUGUAUGAGAUAGUGCAAUUGUUAAUGUAGCAUGUCGAUAUCCAUUGUUAAUACUUAUUUUCUUUUUAUUCAAACAGGCAUCUAAGGGACAAGAUCCAAGUCGAUUGUAAAAUGUUUCGUGCAUGUUUCUCCAAAGAUGGAACUACCAAAAAUUUGGAAGCUUCAAAUGCAAUUGCACAGAUGCAACAACUUAGUUCUAAUCUUCCCGAGGGCUCGAUCGAUAAGCCUGGACCAGAUGAUGUUUUUUCUAAAGUAAUGGGUAAUAAUCGAAAUGGUGAUGCGGUUAUGUAUGGUCUGGGUGUUCGUGCUGCUGAUGUUUGGGGUGUAAUACCAAGUCGUUCAGCAUGUCAUAGAGAAAACAUCCAAUUGAAGUCUCAAUGUGAAGAACUUACUAGUACUGUGGUCCAGUUACGAGCCCAAGUAUCAGAGAUGGAAGGGUCGAGGGGUGGUUCCAGUGUUCAACCUCUUGCAUCACAACAUUUCCCCAAUGUAACCAAUGGACAUCAACGUUUACGGGUCGGAGAUGAAGUUUUCCUCAAAAGCAUUCUAAACUCUACCGAGAUUGUAGCAAGAGGAAGGGUCCAGAGCUUGGACCCAAAUGAUCUAGUUGGUGGUACAGAGAUUGGACCAGAAUGGUGUGAGGUAAACGUUCAAGUACCAAUAAAAAAAUAUGAAAACUUGGUAAGACCAUAUGGUUUAUUUUCUACAAUUCAAGAUUGUAUUGGUGCACCCAUCGCAUGGCCCUAUCCAUUCAUCUCGGUAGUCCAUGAGGAUUGAGGACGCAUGAUGACUCAAGAUUUUAUGCUUCUUAUUUCUUUAAUUGUUUUUAAUUUCUUUGUUAAAUGUUAAGACUUUAUGUUAGAUAAUGUUAUAACUUAUUUAUGGUUAGUGUUUUUGUUAUGAACAUGUUUUUUUGAAAUAUAAUGAAGUUUUAU